AUGCGGCCAGCUCAACUCGCCGGCCUCGGGCACGAGCAGGCCGCGGUUGGCCGCCAGGCCGGUGAGCACCGCCUGUUCGAAGGAGAGGCCGCGCACGAGGCUAGUCACGGCGGGCUAGGCAACGCAGAAACACCAGCAGACGAUCGUCAAGGCCAAGACGGCUGGAGUAUGCUCAAGACCAAGAUGGCGGUGACAGGGCCCGUGGCCGAGCGGAACUAUACCAUGGGGCUUAAUGCCCAGCCGAGUAGUGCUUGA